AUGCUGCUCGGUCCCCGGCCGGGCACAGGGCGCCCGUCGCCAUCGCGUCCGUGCCCUGUCCCCGCUGACCCUUGCCGCCGUGGCGGUGGGCUUGCAGCCCUCAUCCGCAGGCAGGUGGGCGGCAGGGGAUGCCGGCUCUGCCCAGCCGCUCAGCGGCGGAGUGUUAUCGCGGUUGAUGGGAAUGGGGCUGGUUAUGUAGCCCCGUCCCAUUUUUUGUCCUUAAGUUAUGAAUCCGGAUCACACCGGGAUCACGGGUGGAGGUCAGGACGUCGGGUCGGAGCGGGGCCUGGGUGUUGGCGAGAUGCCACGCGAGGGCCAGCGGUCCAGGGGAGGAUUUGGCAGAGCGGGAGCGGCCAAACGUGCUGGGCCCGGGGAUCUGCAGCGAGCAGGGCUGCCCACGCCUCGGCCCCCCAUUCCCGGUACCUGGCAAAGCUGUCUUCAGUAGGGAGCAUCUCUGAGGAGGAGACCUGUGAGAAGCUGAAGGGCUUGAUCCAGCGCCAGGUGCAGAUGUGCAAGAGGAACCUGGAGGUGAUGGACUCGGUGCGACGCGGAGCCCAGCUGGCCAUUGAGGAGUGCCAGUACCAAUUCCGCAACCGCCGCUGGAACUGCUCCACACUGGAUACCCUGCCUGUCUUCGGCAAGGUGGUGACACAAGGGACACGAGAGGCAGCGUUCGUCUACGCCAUCUCUUCAGCAGGGGUGGCCUUCGCCGUGACCCGCGCCUGCAGCAGUGGCGAGCUGGACAAGUGUGGCUGUGACCGCACAGUGCAGGGGGGCAGUCCACAGGGCUUCCAGUGGUCAGGCUGCUCCGAUAACAUCGCCUACGGUGUGGCCUUCUCGCAGUCCUUCGUUGACAUCCGUGAGAGGAGCAAAGGGGCCUCUUCCAACAGAGCAUUAAUGAACCUCCACAACAACGAGGCAGGGAGGAAGGCGAUCCUGAACAACAUGCGGGUGGAAUGUAAGUGUCAUGGUGUGUCAGGCUCAUGUGAGUUCAAGACGUGCUGGAAAGCCAUGCCCCCCUUCCGCAAAGUGGGCAACGUCCUCAAGGAGAAAUUCGACGGUGCCACAGAGGUCGAACAGAGCGAGAUUGGAUCCACCAAAGUGCUGGUGCCCAAAAACUCCCAGUUCAAGCCACAUACAGACGAGGACCUCGUCUACCUAGACUCCAGUCCUGACUUCUGUGACCAUGAUCUCAAGAAUGGGGUCCUGGGCACCAGUGGACGGCAGUGCAACAAGACCUCCAAGGCCAUCGAUGGCUGCGAGCUGAUGUGUUGUGGCCGUGGCUUUCACACGGACGAAGUGGAGGUUGUGGAAAGGUGCAGCUGCAAAUUCCACUGGUGCUGCUCCGUCAAGUGCAAACCCUGCCACCGGGUGGUGGAGAUCCACACAUGCCGGUGAUGCACGGGGGAGGGCACCCACCUGUAUCCUCUCUAACUGACCCUGCUUCUCCCUUGCCCCACAGCCAGGACUGAGGAAGUGACCCAGAUGCUGCAGGGAGAGCACAGCUCUUUACAGAGACAGAACCACAGAGAAAAACAGAUUUUAAAGAAAAAAUAUUUAAAGUUUUAAAAAACUGAUCAUUGUUGGCUUUUUUUAUUUUGUUUUAUCUGCUUUGCUGUAUGUAUUGCUGAAGCCAGAGCCCCUUGGUGUCCUGCGCUGGCAGAUAUGUUUGCUCCCUGGCUGUCUGGGGACCUGUGUGAUGCCAGCUCCUGUCAGAUGGGCUCCUGCUGCUUUUGGAGUGCUGCAGACAAGAA